CUUCCGGAAGUAGAGAUGUGGCUGCUUGUGUGAAAAUACAAAGUAGUGCUUUGGUGUAAGUCUGAGACCGCGAUGGGAUCUGCUGAUCUGCGCACUGAGUUAGAAAAUCUCCUAAAAAGUCUGAAUAUUGACUUUGUUUCUGUGGAACAUCCGGAGGUUUUCACUGUGGAGGAAAUGAUGCCUCACGUACAGCACCUGCACGGAGCCGUGACGAAAAACCUCUUCCUAAAGGACAAGAAGAAGAAAGGCCUGUGGCUCGUCUCGGUGCGUCACGACCGCCAGGUGAACCUGAACGAUCUGGCUAAGAAGCUGGGCGUGGGCAGCGGGAACCUGCGCUUCGCGGACGAGGCGGCCAUGUUGGAGAAGCUCGGGGUGGGUCAGGGCUGCGCCACGGCUCUCGCGCUCUUCUGCGACAAGGACCAGAGCGUCCGGUUCGUCCUGGACAGCGAUUUAGCCCACGGAGGCCACGAGAGAGUUUACUUUCACCCGAUGACCAACGCUGCGACUGUAGGACUGAAACCGGACGAUCUGAUGAGGUUCCUGAAGGAGACGGGACACGAGCCCAUCCUGCACAGCUUUGAGUAGAUCAGCUGAUGGGUUAUAACGUUGUAGGUCAAUUACAAGAAAUGUGUCCAGGAUGUUUUUAUUGUACAAAUAACAGUUCAUCAGUGUUUUCGAUUUAUCAGUGAGACAUCAAUAAAAAGCACAAGAUGAAA